UCUUGGUUUCCAUCCAUUGCGGAAGAGUGUUCGUUCGGGGAACAUUCCCUCCGGUUGUGACAUAAAACAUUGGGUGGACAUCCGGUAAAGUGGCUGUAGAAAUGCAGAAAGAAAAUUCCAACCCCUCCCCUGAGGUGCACCAGUAUGUUGGACCGUACAGGCUCGAAAAAACCUUGGGGAAGGGACAAACAGGUCUCGUGAAGCUGGGAAUCCACUGUGUGACUGGCAAAAAAGUUGCCAUAAAAAUAAUUAAUAGGGAAAAGCUCAGUGACAGCGUUUUAAUGAAAGUCGAAAGAGAAAUAGCCAUAAUGAAAUUAAUCGACCACCCACAUGUUCUAGGACUGACCGAUGUCUACGAAAAUAAGAAAUAUUUAUAUCUGGUUCUGGAACAUGUUUCUGGAGGAGAACUUUUCGAUUAUCUAGUGAAAAAGGGCAGACUGACGCCCAAAGAAGCUAGAAGGUUCUUCAGGCAAAUCAUAUCUGCUUUGGACUUCUGCCACAGCCAUUCGAUAUGCCAUAGAGACCUCAAACCAGAAAACCUCCUAUUGGACGAAAAAAACAAUAUCAAAAUAGCCGAUUUUGGAAUGGCUUCCCUUCAACCGAUGGGAUCCAUGUUAGAAACAAGUUGCGGUUCUCCCCAUUACGCAUGCCCUGAAGUGAUACGAGGUGAAAAGUAUGAUGGUAGAAGAGCAGACGUAUGGUCAUGUGGAGUCAUUCUUUACGCUCUACUUGUAGGAGCUCUACCAUUCGACGAUGACAAUCUGCGACAACUCCUGGAAAAAGUCAAAAGAGGUGUAUUUCACAUCCCCCAUUUCGUACCACCGAACUGCCAAAGUCUACUCAGAGGGAUGAUCGAAGUCAAUCCAGACAAAAGACUAACGCUGUCUGACAUCAAUAAACACCCCUGGGUGACAGCUGGAGGAAAAGGAGAACUAGAGCUAGAACUACCAAUGAUGGAAGUCGUCCAAACCCACGUGUUACCGUCCAUUGAAGCGGUGGAUCCGGACGUACUUCAGGCGAUUUGCAGCCUGGGCUGUUUCAAAGAGAAGGAGAAGCUCAUCCAACAUCUACUCAGUCCUAGUCACAACACCGAAAAGGUCAUCUAUUUUCUUCUGCUGGAGAGGAAGAGAAGGAAACCUGCAUGCGAAGACGAUUCGGAUUCUGUCCUGCGCAUGCGUAAUCCCGAAAGCCAAGACCCGCCUAAGAAAAGGAUAGACACGUGCAGAAUCAACGGCCAGAGUAGUUUGCAAUUUGGACAAAUUAGCGAAGGAUCACCUCUGACGCCAAGAAGGUCCCACUACAAAAGGCCUCACGCUAGAAGAAGCCCCUCGACUGGCAGUACACACAGCAGCCUGAGUAUCCACUCGCCAACUAGAUCCUCAGGUGCUUCAAGUCCAGUCAUGUUCAACAGUUCGAUCACACCGACAAAUACGCAUUCUGGCAUGUCGUCUCCUAUCGGCUCAAGGACACCGUCCCACCACACGCAUCGCAGCUCCACCCACGUGACCUCGAACACUCACGUGACCGUAACCCCUCCCCCGCCUACCCCGACCCAUCACAGGGCGAACAGCAGCGGCAGCACCCCCGUGACUUCCGGAAUGCCGAUGACGUCACCGGAAAGCGAUACUGCGAGCUUAGUGACAGGUCAUGCAAUAUUGACUCCGAUGACUCCACCUGGGUCCCCUCAUUCCAGCACGACUAGUCAUCAUUGGAGAUCACGGCUCACUACAAUCAAAAAUAGUUUCCUAGGUUCCCCCAGAUUCCACAGACGGAAAUUACAAGCAUCGUCAGAAGAAGUCCAUCUCACUCCAGAAUCAUCACCUGAACUAACGAAGAAGUCAUGGUUCGGUAGUCUGAUGACGACGGAGAAAGACGAAACCUUUACUAUCUUAGUUAAAGGGAAACCGUUGGCUACCGUCAAGGCUGACUUGAUACACGCCUUCCUAUCGAUAGCAGAAUUGAGCCACUCAGUGUCGAGUCCGAUGUCCUUCAGGGUGGAAUACAAGAGGGGAACCACAGGGCCUGCGAUGUUCCAGAGACACGUUAGGUUUCAAGUGGACAUCUCGCCAAUCAUCAAGCAAUCUAGGGAAAAUGCCAAGGAACAUAUUUUUGCCAUAACAUUCACCUUAUUGUCAGGUAAUAUUAGGAGAUUCAGGAGGGUCUGUGAACAUAUCCAGGCACAAGUUUGCACCAGAAGACCUCCGCCUAGUCCUAGAGCUCAAAGAAAAUUCACCACCGAGUUGAGUGAGAGCUCCAGCUGUGGAUCGGAUUCCAGUGAACUGUUUUUGAAUGCUAGACAGAUCAACGUGCUGCAGCUGGAGAGCGACCUGGAGAGCGAGUGCAGCGUCUUCGACGUCAGAACGGCGACUCGGGAGGUGUCGCGACGGGCGUCGACCAACAACAAUACCGAAACUUGCGAGCAGAAUAGCCCCGGAACGCCGAAAGCGGUCCGUUCGAGCUCGGAAAAUACCGAGACCUGCGAAAAGAAGUGCAUGACGACGAUGUCUGGCACGUCCAUUGCGUAAUAUUUCAUGGUGUUGAGGUCUAGUCCGAUGGGCGUGUGGUGCUUAUUGUUGGAGGUAUUGGCCAACGUUCGGAGGUGGGGGAUCGAUGUUAUGGGUCGGAUCGUUGAUAAGUUCCUUCGACGCUGGGUUAUCUCGCGGAUUUAGGUUAUUUAUUGUGUUGAUUAGUGUUAAGUUUCUGAUUCCAGCGUUCGUUUGGUUCCAUGGAAAGGUUAUUAUUAUACGAUUUGAAGAAAAUUUGUUUAUUAUUGUUACAUAUUCUCGAGAACAAUGGCGGGCAGUGCAUUAUAUCUUACUUAUCGGAAUACUUUAGUGGGUGUUCAAUCAACAACUUGCAAGGUUCAGAAUGAAAUUUUGAUGGAUGACAUACAGAAACUGAUCUAUAAAUAAAGAAGGAGAAACUCAGAGUCGUUUCCACACUAUAUUCAUAAAAUGAACAAAACUGGUAGAUAACGAGAGAAAAACUACUUUCCUGUCUAAAUACCUCGCAGAACAUUGAAUUAUAUCCUCCCGAAAUCUAUCCAACGAAUCGUUCAGACGAAUAAAAUUGCAAGUGUUUCUUUCCUAAAUGCUGAAUAGUGCUUAAAUUCUGGUUCCGGACUUUGACCCUCAUCAGUGCAGGGCUGUCCCCAGAUGGCAUUCAUGACGGCCAUCUGGUGCAAACCUGGCCCAACACCUCUCAGCAUUUAAUAUCCACGAGGCGUUCGGCCACUGCGAAAUGGACACUGCCUUAGAUAGCGUUGAUGGGACGUAAUUCAAUGUUCUGCGUGGAAUAUAGCCAGGAAAGUCAUUGUUUUUCUCUCGUUAUCUACCAGUUUUGUUCAUUAUAUGAACAUAGUGUGGAAAUGACUUGGAGUUUCUUCUUCUUUGUUACCUAUUCACUCCACUUUGAGUAUUUGGGCCUUUUUCUAGUUGAUCUAUAAAUAUUACCUUUGCUAAUUUUGAUGAUUUCGACUAUUUCGAGUAAAUACUCCAGAAUUAGACGAAUAUAUUCCCUUAUGAAUUUUCACCAGAAAAUCUUUUUUUUUUAAUGCCACCUGAAAAAUGCAUCAAAAUCAUUGACAACAACUCUGUUAUACAGGAUGAUUCAUAAUGAGUACACGUAUUUAAAUACAUCGACACAUCAAGUAUACCAUUAUAUUUGUGAGUAUGUUCCUUAUCCAAAUGACAUGACAUGCCAAUCAAGUUUUACAAUACCACAAUCAAUCAGACCGAAAAUUAUAGAGGAUGUUAAAUAAGAAUGUGAUCAAACUUCAAAUAACUAAUAAAAUUUCCCCUGGAAAUUUGGCGACAUGCUUGACCUCUGUAUAUGAAUUUACCUCAAAGACUCAUUGCUAUACUCAAG